GAAAUCGACUGUCACACAGAGAAGCACAGAGGGCUAUACAUUAAAUAAAAAUGUCGUUUUUCCUCGACUUUUGAAAUCGAAGGCGAAUUGAACAUUUAACGUGUCAGCCAAUCGUCUGCUGUUAUGUGACUGGAGCAGAACUUUUGAUUCCAGAACAGUCCAUAUAUUUGAGAUGGAAGAGCCACUCAAGUUUGCAGAAGCUUACUAUCUGCUUAAAAAGAAAGAAGAAAAAGAACAGUGUGGAAGGCACAAAAAGGUUGAAAGAUGUGCCUACGUCAGUUCAGUGGAAGAGUUAGAUCGGGUAAUGAAUAAAUUAGUUCAAGUUCUCAACGACGAUCCUUCCUCGGGGAUAAAAAAUGUUAAAGCUACCUUAGCAAUGGUUACUGAAUCGUACGCAAAACAAGUCACAUUGUGGAAAGACCACAACAGUUUAAACCUUCUUCAUCACUGUAUACUUAACAACAAACCUGAUAUUAUUAACUACUUGCUAUCCGAAACUCAUUUCUUCCCCAAAUCUCACACGCCUUUUUUGAAUCCAUACGCUCACGUAGCUGCUUAUGUCGGCCACAAGGAAUGUCUUCGCGUGAUUCUACAGCACCGGCCUAAUGACUUCUUCAAAAUUUCAAAUUACAACCACUUGAUCAAGCUUCCAAAGGAGAGCAUGCGCCGGUUCAAAGUGAAAGAAUCUGCAGUGAAAAGUAACCUCAUUGAGAAAAUUAAAUCUCUAACGACAAGCGCAGAGAGCGAACGUUUGCAAGAUUUAGCUAACGUUGAAGACAUGUUGGAAGAGGAGGCACAGAAAAAAACUUGGAAAAAAUCCACCCAGGUGAAGAAAGCGACCGUAUCAUCCCCAGGACUAAGGUCAGCAAAAAUCUCCGUUCCUGAAAAGUCGCCACAAAGCAAGGAGAGUCAACCAAAACCAGUUUUACCUUUAAAAAAGCGCAGCAAAGCCUUCGAGUUUGAUGAUAGACCCGAAUUUUCACACAAAUUAUUGGAAGAAAAGGAAAGGGCAGUUCGAGAUCAUGCAAUGGUACCAAGAAGACACGAAGCAAUCACGGUUUUUUGGGAUGUUUUUGGGGACGAGCCCCCUGGUAUCAUAGGUGGGGCAGGCAAGCCUCUAGACGUCCGUUACGGGGAUAAAGCCAGAUUUCAACGCUCUCAAAAAGAAAAUGACGGCUCGUUUAAUAAAUCGCGAAAAGUAAAUAUUCGUAAUUUUAAAAUUGACAAACAGCAACCACAGAGGGAGAAAUCAAGCACACACGAUUUGUCUAAGUCAAGAAUCGGGAUCAAUAUGCUAUCAAAGCGCGUUUCGCAACCAACCCGGGAACCACAGAAACAGAAAUGUUUUUUUGGAUCAUCCAGAAUAGAAGCAGGAGUCAGAGGAAAAAAGAAGUAUAAAGAUUUCAGAGUUUCUUUAGAGCAUCGGAAUAAAACCGAUAUAGAUGAAUCUCAAAAGUUUAUGAACAAGACCCCGCUUACCCUUGCCGCUGAGAAAGGGCAUCUAGACUGCGUCAGGUUUAUACUCGACAAUGUGAUAUUGAAACAUUCUCCAAUGUUAGCUACCAAAGAACCGUUGACGUUGGCCACCAAAGCGAGAAGCCCUGAAUCUAUUCUGUUGCUGGUUGAUAAGAAAAUGUCACGCUGGGACUACCAAAGCGCUGUGCUGCUUGCGAUUAGGGAGAUGUACCCAGAUUGUUUAACGGCGCUCUUAACUGUUAGCGGAAAAGAGAGGAACUCUUUGUUUGACGGAGCGAACCUAUUCCAUGUUCUGUACUCACAGAGUCUGAUCUCAAACUAUCGUUAUGAAAUGAUGCCAGAAAUGACCCGUGUUCUCAUCAGCUGUAAAGAAAACGUGAAUGCCCACAACAUUCCCAGAACCUACCCUAUGUACACCUUAAUCACGUGCGCUUUUAAUGUGUCUUCUAUAAAGCAAAUCUACUAUUACAUCGAGUGCCUCAUUCUCUUACUUGAAGCUAAAGCCAACCCUCAUUACAGUGAAGAAAAGGCGGAGAGAGACAGCGCUAAAUAUAUCAGUUUAUCCUUCACAAGGAAAUCAUACACAUCUGCUAUCAACUGUAUUUUGGAAUCUGCCAAGACUUCUUUGGAUUACUUUGAAAAGCCUUUGUUGGCGAAGAUGUUCAUGAAGAAAUUCAUAACUUCAAUUGAAAUUCACGACAAAACAAAGAGAGCUGCUCUCAAUGAUGUGUUGUUUGAAUACACUAAAGUUGCGUUCGCCCUAGGUUUAGACCGUACUAUCUUAAAAGCGCUCCUCCGUUACGGUGCCAACCCGGACCAACGCAAAGGUGGAAAAUAUGCCGUCAACGUCUACUUCGAUAAUGUUCUACCUUAUCUGACCAAAUUUGAAGUGAUCAACUCUUAUGACCAUUAUUUAAAGGAACUCACAGACCUGAUGUACAUAUGUCGGAGAAUGACACACCGCUGUUUGAACGAAUCUCUGAAAAUAUUUCUCGACGACCAUUUACUGGCAACACCGAUCCAAGCCUUGCCGGUCUGCCGAUACUUUUCUCAUCUCAUUAACGAGAUGGUCCGGUCACCGCGACCUCUCACACAAAUAGCAGCACACGUCAUUUGGCUUUGCUUAGGCAGGAAUAAGAAUCGAGCUAAAGCACUCUCAUUGCCUGCUGAGAUCCUCCAUUUCAUCGUUCCAUGAA